UAAAAUCCAUCACAGGAGGCCUGGUGCUACCAGCCAGCUCCAGCUCCCCGGCCAGCCCUCCAAGGCCGCCCCCGCCCCGUCUCCACCAAUCCGGCGCCUGCGGAGGUGUCGCUCCGCAUUCAAAGAGCUGGCGACACGCUGCAUAAAGCCGGCCGCCCCCCGCGCGGAGCCGACGGAGCAGCCGGCGAGCUGCCGCACCGGGGCGAGCCAAGGGGGUCACGCCUGAACUUCAGGACCAUGGCCAGCUCCCGGCUCUGCCUGCUCUGCUCCCUGCUCUCCCUGCUGGCCGCCGGCCAGGAGACCCUGGGGCCCAGGGCUGCGGGCAGCCCGGCGAGCAAGAGCCAAGAAGAAAAGGAGCUGAUUGAAGCUCUCCAAGAGGUGCUGGAGAAACUGAAGACGGAGAGGCUGCCCUCCAUAGAGAAGAAGCUGGGCUCAGUGCCUUCGUGCGACGCUGGCGAGCCGUGUGCCGUGAGGAAAGGAGCCAGGAUCGGGAGACUCUGCAAGUGCCCCCGCGGGACGGCCUGCAACUUCUACAUCCUCAAGUGCUUGUGAGGAGGACAGGAACACGAAGACAGGAUGGUGUGGGGGGAAGGGGGCUUGGGGAGCAGCUUCUGGUCCUAAUAUCUCCACCUUGCCUGUUUCAGGAGGUGGGUUUGGUUUUUCUCCUGUGCUAGGAAAUGUAGCUCGUCACUUCCCCCACGGCCCUUAAGGCUCCCCCCUCAUUCCAGUGCCUGCGAUGGAAGGAGCUCUCUGUGCACAGUUUGUAAUUGCUUUGAUCCCUUGCUGCCCCGCAAGGUGCUAGGAGAAGCCAGCCUGGCUUGCUUUUCCGAGGUGCCAAGCCCCUGAUCUCAGUGGGGCCAGCAGGGGCUCAGCAGCUCUGAGAAUCAGCCUCCAGCCUCACUUACAUUUCCCACAUCCCUUCUUCCCGCUUUCCCUGCCUGGAGACGCAUGACCAAAGAUUCUCUGCUCAGUGCAGAGGGGGAGGUUGCUGGCUGCAGCCUCUCGUGUCUCUGCUUGGUCCCUGGCUGUCGGUAGAGUAGCCUGGGGGUUGCUCUAACAUGGCACCGAGGUACCAGCCACGAGCACGCUGCUCUCCUGCCCCAUCUCACCCUGCCGUGGCUCCUGCACAAGAGGCCGUGAGGAAGCUAGCAUAGGAGCCAGCUAUGGAGACUUCAGUGCCUUCUGGGAAUCCCUCAUGCCAGGGGAGGGGAAGCAGGCGAAGGAGCUUUGCUCCCAGGGGCUGGCUGCUGAGGCAUGGUCUCUGAGUUCUCUGUUAUCUGAGCACCAGAGGCAUCCCUGCAGCGUCAGUAGGGGUGGUUUUGGAUUGUCUCUCCAGGGGAGGAAGGAGCAGCAGGAAGAGGGGACCUGAGCAAACCAUGCUGCAUGCAAACACUGGAGAUCCACAGACCCCCAAGGAACGUCCCCCACACGCAUGUCUAAAACCUUCCCCCAGCCAACCAUGCUCCCUGCUCCCCAGCUGCUGCACGAAACCCGCUCACCCUGACACUAGGCAAAGAGCCAGGCUGUGCAGCAUGGCAGCAAAUGGGGUGUGGGAAGGGGGAGAGCUGGAGGCAAUAGGUAACGAGAGGAAGGCUGGCCUGGGAGGUUAAGGCACAGGGCUGGGAUCCAGGUUCAAGCCCCAGUUCUGCUAUUGACUCCUGGUGUGACCGGGGCAAAUCACUCAACCUCACGGACCCCCGGUAACAUGGAUAACAACGCUUCCUUGGCCCAUCAUGUCUGUUUAGACUGUGAGCUCUGUUUAGACUCUGUGUUUGCACAGCACCCAGAAAACAGGGCCCCCAUCCCUGUUUAGAGAAUCAGUCUUGGUUCCAGGUAAUCUUCUAGCAUUCCCCAAAGGCAGCAGUCAAUGCAUGAGCGGAUUUUGUCUUGCUUCCAGAUCUUAACUGCUUUAGCCUGUCUCUGCAAUUCAAACUGACACUGGGAAAUAAACAGAGCCCAAGACAUGCCACAUCAGCAGCAUGCACCAUGGAGAUACAGGAGGCAACUGCCCUGUCUGUGCUCUCCGCCUGUAGCGGCAGCAAAGAAACCUGCCCCCCGCCCCCCUCCCCAGACACAAUAUGAAGUGUGCACAUAGACCCGCCCAUUGCAAUGACCAUCAGAGCUCCCAGUACCGGAGCAGAAGGGAAACCAUCACACUGAAGGCCCUCAUUCACCAGGUGUUUAUUAGCCCCGGUGCCAGCUGGGUAUGAGAAACGUUCCCGAAGCAGCCUGGUAAAACAGCUGCUGUGCACGUCGCCUGGUUGUGUGAAUGGCCAAACAAGGGGCAGGUCAAGGGAGGGGCAGGCCACAAAGGGACUGGAGCGCAAAGGGGGAAUGGGAAAGAAAUAGUGAGUGGCCCUUAAAGGGGUCAGUUUAUUUCAAAAGCUGCAUCUGCCCUGAAAUUCCACCCCGCUCCCCAUUCGUUUUCCAGAGCACAUUGAGCCUGUGGGAAGCCCAAACAGUAAUGGACAAGGAUGGGGGUUCCUAUUAAAUGAUUUGUAUUCAA